GGUUCUAUGAGAAUGAAAUCCAUUUCCAUCCUUGCAAUCUUUUUUUCUUGAAAAUUUAAUUUAUUUUUCUUACAUAUUAGCUGCCAAUUAUCAUUACUUCAAUCGAAGUAGCGAGCAAUGUGUUGUUCAUAGCCGGUAAUAUCUACUAAUUUGGUAUUUCAUUGUUGGUAAAUGUAUUUGGUAUUUGAUUCUUGGUAAAUGUAUUACAUGCUAAUUUUGAGUAUCUCUGACGUAAGGCUAAUUUAUCUCUAUUGAUGCCACAAUAGAAGCAUGCAAGUAGAAGGUAGACAGUGAUGCAAAAUUAACCUUAUGUUGAAUAUUGAUUUGUAUUUUAGAAUUAUAGCUUCCACGUUAUGUUUAUGCAAAUACUUUGCACUGGUUGAAUGAAUAUUCUAUUACCAUGUUUACUACAGUGGAGGUGUUACUAUUAUGUAACUCAGUUUGUUUGGCUUCGCUGACACCCCUGUAUUUAAAUUUGCUCUGGUUAAAUGAUAUGACAGUAACAGAUGAGUAAAUCUAAAGACUCUGGUUCAUCCGCUAUGUGGGAUAGAGAGGCUACGAAUAUUUUUUGUAACCUAUGCGUGAGGGAAGUCGAAUUGGGAAAUCGGCCCACAACUUUUUUUAAUAAAGAAGGUUGGCAUAAUAUCACUAGUAAAUUCAAAGAAAUAACAGGAAGAGAUUAUGAUAGGAUGAAACUAAAGAACAAAUGGGAUCAAUUAAAGAAGGAGUGGAAGCUUUGGAAGGAGCUGAAAAGGGGAUCAACUGGAUUGGGAUGGGAUCCGGUCAAACGGACAAUUGAUGCACCUGAGGAAUGGUGGGCAGAAAAAUUAGCGGUUGUGCCCGUGGCAAAAAAAUUCAAAUUUAAUGGAAUUGAACCAGCCUUGGAGGAGAAAUUGGAUGGCAUGUUUACUGGUGUUGUAGCAACAGGAACUCAUUUUUCCACCCCUAAUGAGCAGGGUGUUGCAAACCUAGCUGAGGAUAUAGAAACCGAGCAUAUAGGUGAUCAGGGAGAGGAUCCCAGCCAAACCCACACGGAUAUCCAAUCCACUGGCGGACAAUUGUUGCAAACCUAG